AUGGCUUCGCCUACCGCGAUGGCGCCCCCGUCCGAGACCAUCCCCUCCACGACGUCAGACCCCGUCGACCUCACAUCGACACCGCACUCCCUUGCCCGCGCCGUCUUCGCUCGUCGAGCUGAAUAUGUCCGGCCUCACCGCAUUCGGGUCAAGAUUGGAACAUGGAAUGUGGCUGCGUGUCCCGGUACCGACAAGGACCUGGCGAGCUGGUUCGUUGACGGCUACGGCGUUGACACGUCCCUGUCGAGGCUCAACGUCUCUGAUCACGAUACGGUAGAGACAGACCCCCCGCUGGGCACGAAGGAUGCGACUGGAGAACAAGACCCAAAUGCCUCGGUGCACUUGGUUGGAGGCGACAAGGUCGGACUGUACGUGUUGGGCUUGCAGGAGAUUGUCGACUUGAACAUGGCAAGGGAUUACAUGAGCCGCAUCGCGUCUGAUCAGGGGCCCAUGAAGAAGUGGAAAGAGGCCUUGGAAGAAGCCAUGCCGGAGGGUUAUGAGCUUGUGGCCGCAGAGCAAAUGUCUGGUCUACUGCUGUUAGCCUAUGCUUCCCCCGAAGUAGCGCCAACGGUCAGCAAUGUGAGCACCGUCUCUGUCGGAACGGGCCUCUUUGGAUACCUGGGUAACAAAGGCGCUGUGACUACUCGGAUGCUGCUGGGUGAAACAACUCGCAUGGUCUUUGUAAACUGCCAUCUGGCUAGCGGCGCAGAGCAGACGUACCUGGACCGGAGGCUAUGGGACGUCGGGCAGAUCCUGACAAGGACGCAGUUCGACCCGAUCAACCUGGCCGGGGAGAACGAUGCCGAACCGGAAAAGAUUGGCGACGAGGACUUUGCCUUCUGGGUGGGUGACUUGAACUUUCGCGUGGAUGGACUGCCUGGCAACGACAUUCGGCGUCUGCUUCAACUGCACACCCGCGGGGAGUAUGAUCUGGACAAAAGGGGGCGGAAGGUCAUUGCCGGUGAGGAGGUUCUGGUGGUCAAGAGCGCAAAGAAGAGUGACUACACCGAUGAUGACACUUCAACAAUCGAAACGACGCUGUCGUCGGAAGCUAGUUUCGAUGACUCGUCGAACUCCCUGCCAGAUCCUGACGACUUUUUGCCUGACCCGGGUGACGAUCCUGCAUCACUGCAAGCUACUUUGGACUCUCUUCUGCCGCAUGACCAGCUCAGGAGGAUAAUAAAAGAGAAGAAGGCUUUCCACGACGGCUGGCGGGAGGGGCCAAUUUCGUUCCUGCCGUCAUACAAGUACGACGUCGGGACCAUCAGUCUCUUUGAUUCAAGCGAGAAACAAAGGGCCCCGAGUUGGUGCGAUCGUAUUCUGUACAGGACAAGGAAAGACAGGGAGGAGUAUGAGCAAAAGGUCAAGGACCUCGAGGAGGCAAAGAAGAAGGACGAGGAGAUGACGGCGCGGGGUAUCGAUCAUGCGACUGACGACGACGACGUCCUGUUCAGCUACGAUCCAGAUGCGGACGGCGAGGAGCUGCCUACCGGCGAAGCUGGCCUCGAUUACGAUGAAUACGAAGAUGACGAUAACGAGCCAGAGGAAGUCGUCACCAAAGAGGGGUUCACGGACAGGAUACAGCUCGACAUCUACACCUCGCACCAACGGAUCAUAUCUUCAGACCACAAACCCAUCAUCUCCAUCUUCACGCUUGACUAUGAUGCGGUGGUACCGGAGCUCAAAGCCAAAGUCCACGCCGAAGUUGCAAAGGAGUUGGAUCGCGCCGAGAACGAGGGACGACCCCUCGUAACCGUCAUCCUCGACAACCCGAACAUGCAAGCCAAGAGUGAAGAUGGCGCUGUGGAUAUUGGCGAAGCCGUCGACUUUGGUGAUGUUGCCUACCGCUGCAGGCACACAGCAACAUUGACGAUAGCAAACACCGGAAGAGUGCCCGCAAAGUUCGCCUUUGUUGAGAAACCCACGAUUGAAAAGGAUUUCGAGGUCUCUAGCCCGCCGGCUUGGCUGAGGUCCUCAUUCAAACGGACAGCCGCAGACGAAAACGGAGAAGAGUCGCCAGACCUGGGCGAAGAGGUCACUUUGGAGCCGGGUGAGACAGUCAGCGGUGUCUUGGAGAUUUACGUCAACGAUAUUUCCCACGUCCGAGCUCUCAAUGACGGACUAUCAUCGCUCGAGGACAUCUUGGUUCUGCGGGUUGAAGACGGCAGAGAUCACUUCAUUCCAGUCCGCGCUUCCUGGCUUCCGACCUGUUUCGGUCGCUCGAUAGACGAGCUCAUCCGUAUACCUGACGGGGGCAUCCGAGCCUUUAUGAAAUCGAGGGAAGGUAAGAAUUCUGGGUCUGUCCCGUACGACCUCGACGUCCGCUGCGCUGCUCCCAAAGAGCUCUUCAAGCUCACAGAAGCUGUCGAGGUGAUGAUGCUACGUGCUAUAGCUGAAGCGAAUAUGAUUGAGGAGCAUGUCAUUCCGGCUGACAAACCUGGCUGGCCUUUUGACGAGACUGCGUGGCUUUUCAAAGACAACGAGUCCCGAGACAGUCAGAUUCUCGCAUUGAUCGAGGCUCUGGACAAUGACCAACCGCUUGUUGAGGCGCUGCCGGUUGAAGUACCGUCUCUCUACCGACUCGAAGUACUCGCCGAGGUUCUGCUUCUUUUCCUGAGCGGCCUGACCGAUGGCAUCAUCACCGCAGCUCUUUGGGCCAAGAUCGAAGUCGCCAUCCCUCACCUGGCCGCGGCUGCCGCGCGUUCACCAGCCGAAGUCGAAGACGACAAGACCGCGGUGCUGGACAUUCUCGCCACGGCGCCGAACCACAACAUCGCGUUUGUCUUUCUCACGGCGACGCUGUCCAAGGUUGUCGCGGAGAUGGCGCCGAUAUCGCGGUCCGAGGUCGAGGCCCUGACGAUGCAGAAGCCCAACCGGCGGAGUCUCACCUUUAGACGGCUCACGGGCGGGAACGUGGCUGCCGAGGCGGCGUUGGCGAGGAGGCGCACGAGGGAGCGUAGGGUUGGUGAGGUGUUUGGCAAGGCUGUUUGCCGGGUGGGGUUGCCGGCCAAGGAUAAGGAGAGGAAGGCUGUCGAGGAGAAGAUGAGGGGGGUUUUGGAGAUUUUUGUGAGGAGGCCGCUUGAGGAUGGUUAG